AUGGCUGACAGGAAUCAUACUACAGUAACUGAGUUUAUACUUCUGGGAUUCACGGAGAACCCAAAGCUGCAGAUCUUCUUCUUUACAGUCUUUCUCUUCAUCUACCUGCUGAUUCUAUUGGGAAACCUUGGGAUGUUCAUGUUAAUUAGAAUAGACUCGCAACUUCACACUCCCAUGUACUUUUUCAUCAGCAACUUGGCCCUCCUGGACGUUGGAUACUCCACUGUCAUUGCUCCCAGCACACUCAUGACUUUGGUCAGAGAGAGAAAAGUAAUUUCAUUCUCUGGCUGUGCUUUGCAAUUCUUCUUGUUCUGCAUUGCUUUGUCCUGUGAAUGUUGCCUGUUGGCAGUGAUGGCGUAUGACCGAUUCACAGCCAUCUGCAACCCACUACUUUACAGUGUCAUCAUGUCCAAACCAUUCUGCAUGCUACUGGUUCUCAGUUCAUACUUCAUAAGCUGCUUGUACUCAACAAUUCAAACAAUAUUUAUAUUUCGCUUGUCCUUCUGUGAUUCCAACAUCAUCAAUCACUUUUUCUGUGAUGUGCCCCCCAUCCUGAAGCUAUCAUGUUCUUCAACGCAUGUCACAGACAUUAUUCAUUUCACUUGUGCUACUGUGGUUGUCACAUCUACUAUCCUAAUCAUCCUGGUCUCUUACAUAUAUAUUAUAUCCGCUAUUCUAAGGAUGAAUUCCACACAAGGCAGAAACAAAGCCUUUUCUACCUGUGCUUCCCAUCUUUUGGCUGUUACCAUUCUCUAUGGAACGGGCUCUUUCAUGUAUUUACGGCCAAAUUCAAAGUACUGUAUGGAUCAAGACAAAAUAAUUUCUGUGUUUUAUACCCUGGGAAUCCCCAUGCUGAACCCCUUGAUCUACAGUCUGAGGAAUAAAGAAGUAAAAGAGGCAUUUAAGCGGCUAAUAGGCAGGAAGGUAUUUUUUCAAUGA